AUGCUCAGAAUUCUGAGGAUUGCUCAGAAUGCGGACGCUCGCAGGGCGAACGAUAUUUUCAUGCAUUCAGCUAAAGCAUCAGCACCGCAUUUAUUGAUGUUACUGUGUGACUACUAUGAUGACAAAAGCUCUGAAAAAGGAUCUCUAAGCGGUUACACUACUACGAUAGGCGUGAAAGUUAGCGAAACGUUGACGAUUACACUGGCGCCUGUAUAA